UGACCAGUUCACUUGGCAGGUUGAUGAUCAAAGUUUCAAAGUUUUCUUUUCACCAUUAAUGGGGGUUGUACAGCUACACUGUAUUUCAGUCUUAGCCAUUGCUUUCAGCGUCUUCGAAAUGUUCACUUAUCGUAAUACGAUAAGACAACAAGUUGUGCAAAAUAUAGAUUUUAGAAAAAUCUUUAAGGAAAACAUACAACACCAUGACACAACACAGAAUAAUUUGUUCUAGGUCAACUCAAUGUUGGUUGGUGGUCUAAAUAUCCUUGGUAUAUUUAUAUUUGGACCAACCGAGGCACGAAGCAAACUUCAAGCUAAAUUAAGACAAACGUUAUACGCUGUACAAAAGUUCUUAUCAAAUGAGCUCCCACUAACGAAAUGGAACCUACAGGAACAUUCUAAAGCAGUGCUUUUUCAUGUUUGUUGUAACACAAAGAAAACAACAUGCUACAAUAUUGAUGUAUCUGACAACAAAGCAAACAUGGAACCAGCUGAAUUCAAAUAUCAAAAAUUUAUAUCAAAAUGGAUUGAAGUUAAAAGCACAAUAAACCUAGAGUGGGACUUUAUCUUACAAAGAAAAGGGAAAAAUCGUUUUUCCGACAUGAAGGCAGCAGUGAUGCCGAAACUCUUAAAUAUAUCAAAGAGCUUGGCAACGCUCGAUGGAGUUAUAACGAAGGAAGAACAAUCACUCGUCAUGGAUAAACCAAAAGGUAACUCAAGAUCAGAGAAAAGUUUGCCAAGAACCAUACAACUUUACAUUAAAAAGGAUGAAUGUGAGCCCGAUAUCAAUAAAUGCAGCGGUCAAAGGACUAUGCUGUUUGGCAAGAUAGAAACGAUGGCGUAUCUCAAUGCCAAAUCAACAGUUAAAGAUGCUAUUAAUGCUAUAAAAUGCGACAUUAUUCGUAGCGUUCUUACAAGACUUCGCCUACUCUGUGAAGAUUUAGAUGAAACUUAUAAAAGCGAGAAAGAAGAUGUUAUGGAUGAAACAGAAAAUAAACCUCUUGUCAUGUUAGAACUACCUAGAAGAAUAUUUUCCCCAAUGUGCCGCGGGCAUAUACAUUUUUCGGAUUAUGUGUUUAAAUACGAAAAUAUCGAGGAUGUUUUAAACAGAAUUUUGGAACUUUUGGGAGCUUCUGUCGAUCAAAACGAUUUGCUCUUCCCAGAAAGUUUUCCAGAUGAAAAAAUUAAUCUGUUGGAUUGUUUUGACGAUGAGAGAGCGACUCGCAACGUUGAUGAUAAAAGUGAUGAAAUUAAGUCCAAUAAAUCGUUUCAAAUUAUAGGAGCAAGCUUUGGCGUGAUAACUGUUCUUAUGGCUACAAUAUACAAAUGGUUUAUUGAUGAAUGAAUGAAGGACGAAUGAAGAGCAAAUUUCCACCUCUCAUAAAAGUCACUUUUAAAUUUAUCAAACGACGCAACACACCGUAAUAUUCUUAAUAUUUGUGCUAAAGUGAGGCAUUCCCACUUGAUUUAGUUAAGAUAAUUACUAAUGCCAGUGCGUAAAUUUUCUCAAAUUUCUUUGACAUGCUUUUGGUGGUUAAAGUGCUUAACGAUUGAGAUGGCACCAUUCAAAGAACUAAGCUUUCAUAAAUUCUAGUCAAUCAGAGGGAUUAAUUCACCUAUAUUUUUGUUUCCAUAUCAAUACUUUUCUACAUGUUAUAGUGUUAUUUCUUUACAAGACAAAUAUUCCAUAAGUCUCAUAUCCCUCCGGAAUAAACAUAAAUAAUAAUCACUUCACGGGAGGGGGUCAUAAUGCAAUAGUCUGUAAAAUUGCUAAUGCAUUUUCUGCUCACAAAAUAAAUAUUCAAACAGUA